GUUGUUUACCAUUUGCACCUUGGCCGCAACUAUUGGUUCACCUCCAGCGGUGGGCAGCGGUGCGGAUUGAGCCAUUGGUGGGAAAAGCAGCAGAGGCGUUGCUGCUGGUGGCUGCUGUUGAAGCGAGGCUGCUUCGCAUUGGUAGCGGAGCCUGCGGGCUGGCGCUGGAGGAGGACUUCCAGAAGGAAAACUUGGUUGAGAAGGGCAAGUACCUGGGACAGCCUGGUGGAAGUGUGAGUGUGGAAGAAAAGACGAGCAACUUGUGGAGCUUGUUGCCGAGUUUCGACCCUAGCGUCGAUAGCGCCAAAGAGUAUGCGGACAAGGUGAAGUUUCUAUGGGGCAUAUGCCCUGUGAAGGACAGAAGUAUGUUGGCACCAAGGUUGGCUUUGCAGUGCAAAGGGACUGCAUGGAGUCAGGUGAGAACCAUUGAUGCGUCGAAGUUGACAGACCCUGAGACUGGUUACAAGGUACUGUUGAAAGCUUUGGAGACCCGGGAGGAUGCCGAGGAACUUCAGACCUUUGACAAAUUUGAGAAGGCGUUUUACCGAGUAGUCCAAAAGACAGACGAGUCAGCAAUGUCGUUUGUCAACCGAAUCAAUGUUGCUUUCGAAGAAGUGGGCUCUGAAACAACCGUCCAACAAGUUCGAGCCUUCGUGAUGUUGAGACAGAGUGCCUUGACUGUUGAGGACAAGAAGCGUGUGGUCUCUAUGGCAGGCAACUAUGAUCCGUCGGCAGUGGAAAAGGCAAUGAGGUCCCUGUCGACCAAAGUGCUUGGGCAGACAGAUGCUGGACGCAAGAAGGUGUAUCCAGCCAACUUUGUGGAAGAGGAGUUGGAUGAAAUUCACUUUGCAGCUGAAGAAGAAUGUGAUGAAGAGCAAGCCUUAGCCAUGCUCAUCGAGGAAGGUGAUGAGACAGCACUUGCCAUACAAGAGUUCGAGGAUCAGGUGAUCCAUGUUUGUCAGGAUUCACCUGAACUGGCCAUGGCGUUCUCCACGUACCAGGGGGCACGACAGAAGCUUCGAGACAAGUUUCGCAGCCGAGGGUUUUGGCCCCUUCGUCAUGGAAAAGGGAAAGGCAAGAACAAGUCAAAGAAGGGCAAAGGCCCCAGAAAGUAUCAGAGUCUUGCAGAGCGCAUAGCAAGCUCUACCUGUCGCGCCUGUGGAGCACGAGGGGGUGGUGAACUUCUUGAUGAACUUCCUGGCCAUGAUCUUGCCAAUUGGCAGAACCAGAUCGGCUUCAAAGUCAGUCCGCUCUUUCUCAAGCUGACAGCCAUGACUCUUCCAAGUGCCUCGGGAACGCCAUUUCCGGGACUCCAGACAGAGAUGCUAGAUGCGAUGCUGUCCGGAGAAGUGGAUGCCUCUCUGGCCUUCGAAGAUCGACAACUACCAGAGAUCAAAAGUCGUCGCCCUCCAGGUGUGAUGACCUUGAAGGAGUGGGGUCAGUUGAAGUUCCCGGAAGGGAAGUGGCGGCACAAGUCCUUCUUUCAGGCAUACCAGGAGGACCCAAAGUACGGCAAGUUCAUGAAGGAGCACAGGAAACUGGUGUCAGCUUGGACACUGAGUUUUCAGGCUUACGUGGAAGCCAUGGACAGGAUGCAGGAAGAUUGCUCGAAGGCCUUCUACCAGGAGUAUGCCAGACAGUGGGCCAAAGCCGAGAUGUCCAAGAUGUAUCCGAAGGCAGAGAUCGAGAAGAGUCAAGGACCAGAGUGGGAGCUGUUGACAGGAGGGGUGACAUCGCGUCCGAUGAGCACGAUGUCAUCACCAAGUCAGAAGCGCCCCAUGGAAGAAGAGCAGUCGCAGAUGGCGAUCGAGGUGCAGCAGAAAGAGGAGAUGAUCACUCGCAUGGCGAUCUUGCAGCGCGAGAUGGACAAGAUCAAGGCCGACUUGGAGGGUCAAGCUGCGCUUUGGAAAGUUUUGGAGGAAGAGCGACCGAGAGAAGUCUGGAUGGCACCAGAAUGCAAAUAUUGGGGCAACUUCAGUCGCAGAAACAUGGGCAGGUAUCACUGCAAACAGACACCAGCAGGUGACCACCGAUGUGCAGCCGGUGAAUAUUGGGAUGGCAUUUUUAAGAAAAUUGAAACCAUGGUUCCACGGGUAGGCAAACGUGUUUUGGAUGAUGAUGGGGUUUUAGCUCAGAUUCAGAAGGGGGCCCCAAACUUGAAGGUUCAGAGGGUUGAAGCCUGUAGGGGAACUGAGAGGUUGCGCCUUCCUGGAGCUGAUGCGGACCCAGAAACCAUCCCAUUGAGAUUGACCGUGGUCAAAGACCGCAUCACGGGUCAGUCAAUAGUACUUGGCCCAGCUGAGGAAUGGGCUGCUCUGCCAAAAAGGCAGCAAAUUCGAAAGGGUCAAUCUGCAAAGAUGAGCCUCACCAUUUUUGGAAGUUUUCCAAAGUCAGGGGAGCUUGAGACAAUGGGGUCUGAUAAGGAAGCAGGUACUGGGGAUGAUGGUGAAGAUGUUGUUGUGGUAAGUAAAGACCCUCCCAAGAAUGUUCCGGUUCAUGGACCAGGGUACAUGUUGUUGAAUGGUGAUGAAAAGGCUCAGAUUCGGAGGUUGCAUCACAACUUAGGCCAUCCACAUCCACAGAAGUUUGCCUGGUUUUUGAAGGAAAGGCAUGCGGAACCUCAUUUGGUUCAAGGAGCUCUGGAUUAUCAGUGCGAUAGUUGUGCGGAAACAAAAGCUGGUCCAGACCCCACCCGUCCUGGCACAAUUCAUGAGAAUCUGGGAUUCAAUCAAGUGAUUGGUAUGGACACUGCUGUUUGGACUAAUAGUGUUGGUAAGAACUUUCAGUUUUCUCAUAUCAUUGAUGAAGGGACUUUGUUUCAUGUUGGUUCUCAUGUUGUCAGUGCGGACACAGAUUCUCAAAUUCGAGUCUUUGAGAAAUGUUGGAUGUUAUGGGCUGGCACUCCACAAGUUGUGUAUGUUGACCAUGGCACGGAAUAUACGGCAGAAGCAUGGCAGGACAGAAUGCAAAGGCAUGACAUCCAUGUCAAAGUCAGUGCAAGUGAAGCACACUGGCAACUGGGGAGAGUGGAAAUUCACGGAUCAGUUGCGAAGAAGAUGUUGAGUCGCAUGGAUUUGGAGUCACCAAUAAACUCGGUUGGGGAGUUUGAGCAGGCUUUGGUUCAUGUGUUCAAUGCCAAGAACAGUUUAUCCAGAGUGAAGGGAUACUCUCCCGAACAAGCUGUCCUUGGAAUUGCCAAAAGAUUGCCUGGGUCCGUUGAGGGGUGCCAAUCUACGUAG